AUGUCAUCUCAGUUUAAAUGUACUACAUGUGAUAUUUCAGGCUCUGGUGAGUCUUUAAUGAAACAUUUAACAUCUGUUAGACAUAAGACAAUUAUGGAUAACAAGACUCAUGAAUUAGUCUCAUGUGAGGAAUGUUCAAAUAAUAAUAUUCAUCAGUUGCAAAUUAUUAGAUUUGGUGGUGAUGACAUGGUAUUAUUAUGUGAUCCAUGUUUUAAAGAAUUAUAUUCAGGUAUUACUAGACCUUCAACAGCUUAUUCUUUAUCAAAUGGUACUAUAUUGAUGUAUUGGAAUAGAUAUAUAACGGUAAGAGAUUGUACAUGUGAACAAUGUGGUAAAGAUAAUAAUUUAAACGUCGAUCCAAAUUCUAAAGUUUAUUGUAAUGAUUGUCUUAAAACAAAACCAAAUUCAAAAAAUUAUGUCUCUGAAGAUUCUGGGAAAUUUUUAUACGUUUUAUUAAGUAUUAAAGAACCAAAAUUAAAUUCAAAUAAUGGUAAAAAGAAUAAAAGAAUAACUAGACGUAAAGGUAGAUUUGCUAAGAAAGGAAAAUCGAUAAAAAGUCGUAAUAGUAAUAAUGAUACCAAUAAUAAUAGUAGUACUACUAGUGGUAGUGGUUAUUCAAAGGGUGGACGUCCUGCAACUAAGAGUUCAUCAACAUCUAAGACUACUACAACUGGAUCAAGUAAAUUUUCUAGUAAGAAAAACAAUAAUAAAAAUCCAGAAGGUGUAUUAAAGAAGAUAAACGCUGUUGCAUAUCGUAAUAGAAAAGAUAAUACAAAGAUUGAAAGUAGUACUAAGCUAAAUUUAAGAUCUUUCAGUGGUUUUAAAGCUGUCACAAGUGAUACAAAUCUGGCGGCUACCAUUGAACAAAAUGCUGAAAGAAAUAUAUCUAGGAGUCAAAGUAGUAGUAAUCUAAGUGGUAAUAAAAGUAAUCGUCCACUUGGGAUGAAUAUGGCCUUAUUAAAUAAACCGGGUGAAUUAAUGAGAGCUUUAUCAAGUACAGAUUUAGUUAAUAAAGGGAAUAAGCAAAAUCAAAAGAAAGAUAAAAAUAACAAAUCAAAAGAUGAAAAGAAUAAAAAGAACAAGAUCAAAGAAAAGGAACCAGUAAAGAAAAAUGAAAAGAGGAAAAACGAAAAGAAAGAAAAAAAGGAGUCUGCCCCAAUUAUCGAUGCCUCAGUUUCAUGGGGUGAUUCUAAUGGUUGGGGUACUGCCAGUUGGGAUGCUACACCACAACCUUCAUCUAAUAAAGAAAAUAUCCCGACUCCCAAAUCCAAAAAGGAAAAAACACCACCAUCCAAAAAGGAAAAAACACCACCAUCCAAGAAACAUGAGACAGAGACUCCAACCAAAUCAAAUAAUAAGAAUAAGAAAACCGAGAAGAAAUCUAAAAAUGAUGUAGAACCUGCUGAAGAAGGUGUUCAAAUACCUAAAUUUAAUAGAUUUACUCCAAAAUUGACAUUCCCUGAUUUAACUACAUAUUUGGAUACUUUCUCUCAAGCUAUGUUUUUGGAACAAAAAUUAGAAAAUGCAUUCUUAGAGGAUUUCCAAAUAUCUUGGUCUAAAAAUACUAAAGAGCGUGUCUUUCUUGUUGAAUUUAAGACCUCUGGUAAUGAAGAAUUAAAGAGAUUAAUCUUACCACAUUUAGUAGGUAAAACUAAAAAUCCAUUCAAUGAAAGACAACCAUUAAUGUUAACAACAAUUGAUGAAUCCCUAGUAUGGUAUACAUUUAUUAAAGAAGUUAAAGAAGAAAGAAAUCGUAUUAAAUUAUUAUUAGAAUUAUUCCCAUGGAAUAAAAUGUCAUUACCUUCAAAGUUAGGUUCUAAACAUUUAAAGCUUUUACCUGUUUCAGCACAAGCCAAUAGGAUUAUGUUUGCAAUGACACGUAUCACAAAUCCAAAAUUUAUUGAUUUAUUAUUAGGUAAUAAAAAAUUGAAGCCAAUUUAUUUUAAUAAUAGAUUAAAAUUUUCUAGAAGUUCAUUAAACAAAUCUCAACGUGAUGCUAUUGAAUAUGUUUUAAACAAUUCUGUUACUUUGAUUCAAGGUCCACCAGGUACAGGUAAGACAUCAACAAUUGAAGAAUUAAUUCAUCAAAUUAUAGCAAAUUUUCAUUCAUUUCCAAUUCUUUGUGUUGCUGCAUCAAAUAUUGCUAUUGAUAACAUUGCAGAGAAAUUUGUUAACAAUACUAAAGGUAUUAAGGUAUUAAGAAUUGUAUCAGAUAGAAAAGAAUCUGAAUACAAUAUGUCACAUCCAUUGGGUAAAAUUUGUUUACAUAAUAUUGUUUAUGAUAUGUUGCCACCCGAUUUGAAAAGAGAAGAAGAUUUAUUAAGAUCUCGUGGUAAGAGUGCAAUAUCAGCUAAGAGUGAAAAAAGAUUAUUUUUAGCUAAGGGUUCAUUAGUUAAUAAAAUUACAGCACAAGCUCAAAUUAUUUGUACAACGAAUAUUACAGCAGGUGGUAGACAAUUAAAGAGUACAAAAGAAAUUCCAACUGUAAUUAUGGAUGAAAGUACACAGUCUUCGGAAGCUUCAACUUUAGUUCCACUAUCAUUACCUGGUAUUAAAAGUUUCUUAUUUGUUGGUGAUGAAAAACAAUUAUCAAGUUUUAGUAAUAUACCACAAUUAGAGAUGUCAUUAUUUGAAAGAAUUUUAUUAAAUGGUACAUGUGGUGAACCACAAAUGUUAAAUACACAAUAUAGAAUGCAUCCAAUGAUUAGUGAAUUUUCCAUUAAAAGAGUUUAUAAUGAUAAAUUAUUGAAUGGUGUUACAGAAAAACAAAAGAGUUGGCCAGGUAUUAAAUAUCCAUUAUUUUUUUAUCAAUGUGAUUUUGGUUAUGAAGAAAGAGCAUAUAGUAAUGGUAGCAAUACAGGUGGAUUUAGUUAUAAUAAUCGAUAUGAAUGUGAAGCAAUUCUUGAAAUUGUUUAUAAAUUAAUUAAAGAGAAAAAUAUUAAAUUAGAUAAUAUUGGUAUAAUUACAGCAUAUUCUGCACAACGUGAUUUAUUAUCUGAAAUUUUAUUAAAUGAUCCAUUGAUUAAUCCAAGUAAACAAGAAAUGAUACGUGAAACUGAUGAAGAUGAAUAUUUAAAUAAAAAUGAUUAUCCUGGUCAAAAUUUGCAAUCUCAUGUUGUUAAUAUUGUUAAUAAAUUACAAAUUGCAACAGUCGAUUCAUUUCAAGGGCAUGAAAAAGAAUUUAUUAUCUUUUCAUGUGUACGUAAUAAUGCAGAUAAUAAAAUUGGAUUUUUAUCAGAUAAGAGGCGUUUAAAUGUUGCAUUAACAAGGGCUAAAAAUGGUUUAAUUAUUGUUGGUAAUAAGACUGUAUUAAAAAAUGGUCAAACAAUUUGGUCAGAUUUUAUUAAAUUUCUUGAGACUAAGAAAGUCAUAUUUGAUAAUUUAGAAGAUUAUUAA